CUUUGUUUUUGGCCUUGAUCAUCCUGCUCGCAACCACCCACAGGGAUCGUAAAAAUCCGUAAUUAAUCAUUUCAAGACGCCUGCCGCCGCGUAAUGCAGUCGUAGGAGCAAUACCACUGCAGGCUGCAAUGUGCUCACUGCUGCUGCUGCUCGUCGUCGCGCCGGCAGCAGCGCUGCGCGGCACCCCACUGCGCGCAACAACACGCCUCGACUACGACCACCUCUACCACAUCGGCUCGCCCGUCGACGUCUUCAAGCAUUGCGUCCUCACGGCGCUGCUGCGGCGCUGCACGGAGAAGGCGUCGCCGCUAACUUAUGUCGAGACGCACGCCGGCCGCGGGCUUUAUCCGUUCGACUCCGAGGAAGCGGCAACGCUGGCCGAGUUCGAGGACGGGCAUCAUAAGCUGCGGGCGCGAGCCGCGGGCCGCGAGAAGCUUCAUGCAGACAUCGCGGCGUAUCUUGCGGCCCAGCGACCAGAGGAGUAUGUAGGAUCCGCCGCUCUGGCAGCCCUAGCGCUGCGCGAGGGCGACCGCGGCGUCUUCUUCGAACGCGAUGAAACGUGUGCCGACGCGCUCACGGACGCCUUGUCCCGUCUUGGGGCGGAGUCUACCGUCGAGGUUGGCGACGGCUACGUCGGCACCUGUGUGGAAAUCAACCAGUGAGUUAGGUUGUCGCGUCGAUGGCGUAGAAUCUCCACGCCAUCGAGCAGAUGCAGUUACAGGGAAGACGCCGGGUCGAUGGCGUGGGGCGUCCGAAAUUUGGUUUCCGCACAGGCCGGCACGAAGAAGCUGCGCGUCUCAACCCGCGGCCUCGUGUUUGUGGACCCGCCGUACCAGUCGGGCAGCGACACUGACCUCAUCGCCGCGCUCUGCGGCCACCUCAAGCAGUACUGGCGGGCCGCGCGUAUCGCUGUGUGGUACCCGCGCGGCGACGGCGCCGACGCGCGUACGGAACGGCUGCGUCACGAAGUCCUCGCCGCGACCGGUGCGUUCGACGUGCUGGACGCGCACCUGACCGUGCCCGGGGACGCGUCGGCGCGACUCCGGUCGUCGGGGAUGCUCCUCGUGCAGCCGCCGUACGGCUUCGACGACGACCUCGAGUCACUGUUGCCCGAGCUCGCGGAGCUGCUCGCGCCGGGCGGGAGUUGGGGCGUGGAGUGGCUUCGGCGGGGCUAGUUGUGAAUGUUGUAAUCUUAUCACUUUUUA